AUGGCCCGGGACCGGUAUGGACAUGUGAUGUCAUCAAAGGGACUGCACUACAGCCACAGCAGCGGUGCAAAGCAAGACAGAGACAAAGGCAGCUCCGAAGGCAUCGCUGCUGCGAAAGACAAGAAGGUGGAGGAGACCUCCCCCAAGGCAGCGAAGGCAAACAAAGCAGAGGCCGCACCCAAGGCAGAUGGAGAGCCGAGGGAUUGGUGCACCGGCGAAGCGUUCAACAGGUACGACGAGAUGGCCGACUACAUGAAAGCGGUCGGCGAUGAUGGCUCCGAGCUGUCCGUGGAAGAGCGCAACCUGCUCUCCGUGGCCUACAAGAACACCGUUGGAUCUCGCCGUGCUGCGUGGCGCAUCAUUUCGAGUGUGGAGCAGAAGGAGAAAUCCAAGGGCAAUGAGACACAGGCUGGCUAUGCAAAGGACUACCGUGUCAAGGUGGAGAAUGAGUUGCAGAAGAUUUGCGACACCAUCCUGAAGCUUUUGGACCAGGGACUCAUCCCAAAGGCCACGCAGGCAGAAUCCAAGGUCUUCUACCAGAAAAUGAAGGCCGACUACUACCGUUACAUUGCGGAGUUCCGCAGUGGUGAUGAGAAAAGCAAGGCUGCCGAGGAGGCCCGGAAGGCUUACGCCGAAGCGGCAGAGGUGGCCAAGAAGGAUUUGUUGGUCACGCAUCCCAUUCGCCUGGGCUUGGCCUUGAACUACUCCGUCUUCAUGUACGAAGUGCUCAAUGAUCCGGACGAAGCAUGCAAGAUGGCCCGCACAGCCUUUGAAGAUGCCAUUGCUGAGCUGGACAACGUGGCCGAGGACUCCUACAAGGACUCCACGUUGAUCAUGCAGCUCUUGCGAGACAACCUGACUCUUUGGACUUCGGACCAGGAGGCCGCAGCUGCCCCAGCAGGCGUUGUGGAUGAGGCCGCCGUCCAGGCGGUUAGUGACGAGCUUCGGGCGCUGAAGGAGAAGCUGAAGAAGGAGGGCAAGAGCUCCAAGGAGGUGAAUGACACGCCGGAGGUCGCAGCUUUAGUUGCCAAACUCAAGGCACUCAAAGCUGGAGGUGCCAGCGAGGCACCGGCCGAGAAGGAGGAAAAGCCCAAGAAGGAGAAGAAAGAAAAGGCCAAGCCGGAGGCCGUGGCUCCCGUAGAGAAAGCCAAGCAGCAGGUGAAGGGAGGAGGACUGGUGAACAAAAAGGCAGAGAAUGUGCCAGAUUGGUACGCCGAGGUCAUUGGCAAGGGAGAGUUGAUCGAGAAGUACCCAGUUAAGGGCUGCUUCAUUCUGCGUCCAUGGGCAUACAAGCUUUGGGAGCAGGUGCAGGGCUGGCUGGACAAGCGCAUCAAGGAGAUUGGUGUGGAGAAUUGCUACUUUCCCAUGUUCAUCCCAAAGUGCUACAUGGAGAAAGAGAGUGAUCAUCUGGACGACUUCGCGCCUGAGCUCGCCAUGGUCACCAAGUUUGGCAAUGAGGACAUCGAUGAGCCCGUGGCAAUCAGGCCGACCAGUGAGACGGCCAUGUACGCGGCCUAUUCUGAUUGGGUCCAGUCGCACCGUGACCUCCCCAUCAAGCUGAACCAGUGGUGCAGCGUGGUGCGAUGGGAAGUGAAGCAGACCACGCCCUUCUUGCGCACACGCGAGUUCCUUUGGCAGGAGGGGCACACAGCCUUUGCAGAGAAGGCGCCUGCCGAAGCAGAGGUGUUGGCCAUCCUCGAGCUUUACGCGCGUGUCUACGAGGAGCUUCUCGCGGUUCCUGUGGUCCGGGGUACGAAAACCAAGGCAGAGACCUUCCCUGGAGCAGACUACACCACCACUGUGGAGGCCUUCAUUCCAGCCACAGGGCGUGCUAUCCAAGGGGCCACAUCACACCACUUGGGUCAAAACUUCUCGAAGAUGUUUGAGAUCCAAUUCCAGGAUCCCAAAGAUGAGAGCGGGAAAGGCAUUGAGCACGCCUACCAGAACUCCUGGGGUCUCACUCAGCGAGUGAUCGGUGUCAUGGUGAUGGUUCACGGUGAUGACAAGGGCCUGGUUUUGCCGCCCAAUGUCGCCGGCAUCCAGGUGGUGAUCGUUCCGGUGGGCAUCAAAGCCACGAGCACGGAGGAGGAAAAGACGACCUUGAAAAGGGUGUCGGAGGAGUAUGAGAAGAUGCUUCAAGAUGCAGGUGUUCGAGCUUUCCUGGAUGGUGACAACGUGAACUCCCCGGGCUGGAAGUUCAACCAGUGGGAGAUGAAGGGCGUCCCUUUGAGAAUCGAGCUGGGUCCCAAUGACAUUGCCAAAGGCCAGUUUAUGAUGGCGCGACGCCACGUUUUGGACCCCAAGGAGAAGCUAGUUGGCAGGCAUGACUCCGUGGUUGAAGAUGUCAAGAGAACGUUGGACGAGAUCCACCAGGCGCUUUAUGGCAAGGCCUUGAAAGAGCGCGAUGAGAGACUGGCCUCGGUGGACGAAUGGAAGGACUUUAGCCCAAACCUGAAUGCGGGGAAGUUGGUCCUCAUCCCGUUCUGUGGGGAAAAAGAGUGUGAGGAGAAGAUCAAGGAGAAAUCCAAAGAAGAGGCACAAGAGGUGGAAGUGGCCGGAGGCCUCAAGAUGGGCGCCAAGAGCUUGUGCAUCCCGCACGAGGAGAAGUACAAAAAGGAUUGCCCCACCAAAUGCAUUUGCCCAGAUUGUCCAUGCAACAAUGUGAAGCAGCGGACUUUGUUCGGCAGAAGCUACUGA